AUGACAAAUAUAAUCGAUAACUUUGUUAAUGAAUCACUAAUAAAAUUCCUCCCAAUAGAACCAGAAUCCUACCAUGAAAUUGAUGCAGAUAAUAAGAUUGAUUUCAUAAAUGAUAUACUCCCAGGUACAAAUAUUGGAUUUACCAUAGAAAAAUUUAAACAUAAACUUUCAGUUUCAAGAGGUGUCAAACCAAAUUUUUAUCAAGUAGAUUUAUUAAAUAAAAGCUUAAAGAACCAUAACUUUGGAGUUUCAGUUUAUGAUGGAAAGGAUAUACAACUUAACUAUAUAAUGAAACCAAUUAAAGGAAUCGGUGCAGAUUUUAGUGUAAAUACAUCAAUAGGUUCAAAAAGACUAUCAGGUACAUUCGCAGCAUAUCAUAGAGGCAAACGUUCAUUUACAGAGAUUAAAGGAACCGAAAUUGGCGAUCAUCGUUUAGUAGGCGUAAGCUAUUCACAUAUAGUUCGUAGUUGGUGGACAUUGGGUGCUGAAGCAUACUAUAAAUUCAUUCAAAGUAGUGGUGGUGCAGGUUUAGCAAGUCGUUUUAGAGGCGAAUUAGCAGGUUUACAAUAUACAGUAACUUCAUCCUACAAUAUUAUGGGCGACUUACAAUUAGGAACCUCCAUUUGUAUAAGCCCAAAAUACCUUUCAAUCUCCUCUCGUUUCAAUUUAAAUACAAAUAGCAUGCAAAGCAAUACCCAAUUUGGUGCCAAAUUAAUGUUAUAUCCAACCAUCAACGGCUAUAGCGCUCCAACCUGCCUUAAAAUUCGUACAAGUAAUAAUUUAGAAAAUGCAAUCUCCUUAGAAGUCCAUACUCCAGCUGUUAAAAUUAGUUUAGGAUGUUUUGGUAAAAAAUUAGAUUUGUUUAAUAAUAUUGGAAUUAAUUUUGAAAUUUAA